AUGUCUACCGAUAAAACUGGAGUUUCUGCGGUUGAGUCUCCCACCGGCUCCUCGAUGGCCAAGCCCAGCUUCGGGGCCCGCCUGAAGGCGCACUUUAAGAAGUGGUGGUGGGUGCAUUUGAUCAUCUUCAUCGUGGUCGUGUUGGUCAUUGUGUUGCCCGUAAUCUUCGUGGGCUAUCCCAACAUCGCCCAAGAUCAAGUCAAUGACUCCACGCUCAACAUCACCAGCAUGAUCAUCGCCGACCCUACGCCCGAUUCAUUCCGUCUGAUCCAGACGCAGGUCCUGGGCUCCAAGAGUUCCUUCCACCCCAAGAUCUAUUCGUUCCUGGCUUCGGUCUCCCUGGCCGGAGCUGCCCGUGCCUUCACCUCCGUGCAAGUGCCCGAGGUCACGUCCCGGGAUGGGGUCGAGAUCAGCAUGAAUCAAACCGUCGAUCUCAGUAACGCCGACGCAUUCGGCGACUUCGCUAAGUCGGUCAUGCUCCAGGAAGAGGUCCAGCUGGAGAUUUCUGGCAGACCGCAGUUGCAGCAGGGAUCGUUGCCCAAGACCACCGUCAAUUAUGACAAGACGGUCACGAUGAAAGGCUUGAAUAAACUCGAGGGCUUCAGCGUCUAUGACGUCAAACUCAUGAAUCCGCCAAAGAACGGCCGUAAUCUGGAGGGCUUUGUCUAUAUCCCCAACCCCACGGUGAUGACCAUUGCCAUGGGCAACGUGACUCUUGAUCUUUACGCCAAUGGCCAAUUCAUGGGCUACUCCUAUAUCAACGAUCUCACGCUCCAGCCAGGCGACAACAACCGUUCCAUGACCGCGCAAAUCAACCAAACCGCCUCGUUCUUGUUGAUCAGCGGGAGCUCGGCACCAUACCCCAAGGGGGUCGUCCCCUUCACCAUCACCGGUAACUCGAGCGUGUACAAUGGCCAAGAAUUGCCGUACUUCACCCAGGCUUUAGCUGCCAACAACCUGACCGUUGACCUGGACGUUUACAAGAUCAUCACUGGAAAAUCCAAGGAAUGA